GCAUCCGUGAAUAAAAAGUAGCAAGUGGCAAUUCAAACAACCGAAUCUAAAUGGUUCCUAGUGCUACCAUGGUUUCUUUACUCCUGCGAAAGCGCAACAGUUACGAGCGAAAAUUUUGUCAGGAUUCAGUCGUGUCAGAUAUGGUGGCCUACGCCAACCGAAGAACCUCUGUUAUUCUCUCCAAGGACAAGGAGAGGUAGAUAAACUGUACCGAAGGAAAAUCGAUACCUACAAGUAGACUUUUUGCAAUUAAUAUAGUAAAGCUAAAGGAACGUACAAAUUAAAGCAAAAUGGAUCGAGAAAAUAAAGUACCGAAUUAUAAUUAUAAUGAUAAUGAUGAAGCGCAUGAUAUCGAGAGCGAUGGGAAGGACGUUGACGUAUACAGUGAACCUCUGUUGGUUAAGAGGCGGAACACCACCUCCCAGAUUGCGAUUGUGGGUGCCAACGUUUGCCCCAUCGAGAGCCUUGAUUAUGAGAUUGCAGAAAAUGAGUUAUUCAAGCAGGAUUGGCGUUCAAGGAAGAAGAUCCAAAUAUUUCAGUAUCUUCUGCUUAAGUGGGCAUUUGCACUUAUUGUAGGGCUAGGCACUGGACUAGUUGGCAUUUUUAACAAUAUAGCAGUUGAGAAUAUUGCUGGCUUCAAGCUGCUGCUGACCACGAAACUCAUGCUGAGGCACAAAUAUUACAAGGCUUUUGUAGCAUAUGCUGGCUGCAAUUUGGGUCUGGCAGCAGCGGCAGCAGCUCUUUGUGCUUUCAUUGCUCCAGCAGCGGCAGGUUCUGGUAUUCCUGAAGUGAAAGCCUAUCUCAAUGGUGUGGAUGCUCAUUCAAUUCUGGCUCCAAGUACUCUCUUUGUAAAGAUUUUUGGUUCAGUUCUUGGUGUAUCUGCUGGAUUUGUCGUUGGCAAAGAAGGGCCUAUGGUUCACACAGGUGCUUGCAUAGCUUCUUUAAUUGGGCAAGGAGGUUCCCGCAAAUACCAUUUGACUUGGAGAUGGCUAAGAUAUUUUAAAAACGAUCGUGACAGGCGAGACUUGAUAACUUGUGGAGCUGCUGCUGGUGUGGCUGCUGCCUUUCGUGCUCCAGUUGGUGGUGUCCUCUUUGCCCUUGAAGAGGCAGCUUCAUGGUGGAGGAGUGCUCUUCUUUGGCGAACCUUUUUCACAACAGCAAUAGUUGCUAUAGUUUUGAGAGCUUUCAUACAAUUAUGCUCUACUGGAAGUUGUGGGUUGUUUGGGGAAGGAGGACUGAUUAUGUAUGAUGUCAGUGCAGCCAAAGUUACUUAUAGCGCUCCAGAUAUACUGGCUGUGAUACUUCUUGGGACCAUUGGAGGCAUUUUUGGAAGCCUAUAUAACUAUCUCGUGGAUAAGGUCCUUCGCACCUACAGCAUCAUUAAUGAAAGAGGAGCUGCUUUCAAGAUCUUACUCGUUAUUAGCAUCUCCCUAUUAACAUCAAUCUCUUCUUACGGCUUGCCGUGGUUAGCUACGUGCAUCCCCUGCCCCACUGAUGUGUCUGUGAGCUGCCCUAACACUGAUGUAUCUGGCAACUACAAAAGCUUUCAGUGUCCAUCAGGUCAUUACAAUGACCUGGCCUCCCUCUUUCUAAACACUAAUGAUGAUGCUAUUCGCAACCUAUUGAGUACCAGUACAGUGAAAGAAUUUCAUAUCUCCUCUCUCUUCAUCUUCUUCGGUGCUGUUUACUGCCUUGGCAUUAUCACGUAUGGCAUAGCUGUCCCCUCUGGGCUCUUCAUCCCUGUCAUAUUGGCUGGAGCUUGCUAUGGUCGCCUUGUUGGUAGACUAUUUACAUCAAUCUCUAAACUUGAUGUUGGUCUCUUUGCCGUCCUUGGGGCAGCUUCCUUUCUUGGUGGCACUAUGAGAAUGACAGUUUCCCUUUGUGUUAUACUGCUUGAGCUCACUAAUGAUUUAUUGCUACUUCCUCUUGUCAUGUUGGUUCUCCUAAUCUCAAAAACUGUGGCCGAUGUUUUCAACAAGGGUGUCUAUGACCAAAUAGUAAAACUAAAAGGAUUGCCUUACAUGGAGGCUCAUGCAGAACCUUACAUGAAACAUUUAGUUGCUCGGGAUGUUGUUUCUGGUCCAUUGAUCACCUUUUCUGGUAUUGAAAAGGUGGGAAAUAUAUUACAUGCUUUGAGAACUACCGGGCACAACGGGUUCCCUGUGAUUGAUGAACCACCUUUUUCAGAUGCACCCGCAUUGUGUGGGCUUGUUCUAAGGUCUCAUUUGCUUGUUUUGCUCAAGGGAAAGAUUUUUUCAAGGGAUAUGGUACCUGCAGGGGAUGAGAUAUUGCAUAGAUUUGCUGCAUUUGAUUUUGCCAAGGCAGGUUCAGGAAAGGGAAUCAAAGUAGAGGAUCUAGACAUUGAACAGGAGGAAAUGGACAUGUAUGUUGAUCUCCAUCCUAUCACCAAUGCAUCACCAUACACAGUGGUUGAAACCAUGUCACUUGCCAAAGCAGCAGUUCUCUUUCGUCAACUCGGUCUCCGGCACAUGUGUGUUGUACCAAAGAGUCAGGGGAGGCCUCCAAUUGUUGGAAUUCUGACACGGCAUGACUUCAUGCCAGAGCAUGUUUUGGGACUGUACCCCCACAUCAGGCUUCGGAAGUGAUGCUUGUGAUCAAUGUUUCCUGUUUGGUUCCUUUAAUUCUUUGUUAAGGUCAAGUUGCUGUUUGGCCUUAUUGUUGAAAGUGAAAUCUUUUGAACUAUAUGUCUAAACUUGGUUGGAAGCAAAGACAUUCAGGAAGAGGAGGACUCUUCCAAGCAUCCAUAGCUGGCAACAGAUGACACCAUAAUGAAAAUGGCUGAAGAGCUAUUUUGUGGAUCAUCUCGGGACAGACAUAUUUGAAGCACAUCUGAAAAGCUAUAUGGAUGUGAAUCAAAUGAUAAUGAUUUCAGAAAGAUUCAUUUUCCUUCAAAUAUAAUAUCUUCUUCAUCUUUUUUCCUCCCCUGUAUUGUGUAUGUCUGAUCUACAUAUUGUAGAGUUGUAAGUCAUAGGAAUUGAACUAAAUUGCCAUGAAAAUAGAUUGUUGGUGUGAAGAUAGUUUAAUUGCAAAAAGAAAGGAGGCUUUGCAGUAAGCAUGGUGGAUGAUGAAUUUGUUUUAUCUUAAUUCCUUCUUCGGUUUGCAACCAUAGCUCAA